AUGACAAUACACCGGAAGUUUCGGGAAAUAGCUCCGAAACACAUGCUCCUGAUUCUGGACAGUGUUCCGAAGCACGUGUCUUUUACUUGCCACUUCUAUGGGUUGAAAAAGUUAGACGAUGUCAAUCAAGCCAGGAUUGUCAUCUUCAAUAAGACGUACAAAGUAAAAGACAAGUCGCAACCCUUCUCCUUGAGUGUCCGGAAUUACGAUGCGUGCAACUUGCCACCCUGUGAAUCGGAGUUACUCCAGCAAGUGUUACGCACAAAAUUCAUUACAUGCUUAUGGAGUAAUGCCCAUAAUGCAAAAAUUACUGAUCUUUUACCAACGGACUAUGGAUGGAAAAUUGUCGACGGGAAAUUUAAAAUGAACUGGUUUGCAGGUGACCAAUUGCCGAAAGCGUACGAAGAUGUAGUCAUAACACCUGAUAUUCUUGAAGAUACUCCAGAAUCAGAUACGCAAACUGAGGAUGAAAUUGAGCCAGAAGAGGAAGAUGAUUCUACGGAUGAAGAUGAUGAU